AUGCUCCGCUGUGUCCAUAUACAACUCCGCUGUGUCCAUAUACAACUCCCAGAAUCCUCCGCUGUGCCCAUAUACAACUCCGCUGUGUCCAUAUACAACUCCCAGAAUCCUCCGCUGUGCCCAUAUACAACUCCCAGAAUCCUCCGCUGUGUCCAUAUACACCUCCCAGAAUCCUCCGCUGUGUCUAUAUACUACACCCAGAAUCCUCCGCUGCAUUCAUAUACUACUCCCAGAAUCCUCCGCUGCAUUCAUAUACUACUCCCAGAAUCCUCCUCUGUGUCCAUAUACUACUCCCAGAAUCCUCCUCUGUGUCCAUAUACAACUCCCAGAAUCCUCCGCUGUGUCUAUAUACAACUCCCAGAAUCCUCCGCUGUGUCUAUAUACUACUCCCAGAAUCCUCCGCUGCAUUCAUAUACUACUCCCAGAAUCCUCCUCUGUGUCCAUAUACAACUCUCAGAAUCCUCCGCUGUGUCCAUAUACAACUCCCAGAAUCCUCCGCUGUGUCCAUAUACACCUCCCAGAAUCCUCCUCUGUGUCCAUAUACAACUCCCAGAAUCCUCCUCUGUGCCCAUAUAUAACUCCCAGAAUCCUCUGCUGUGUCCAUAUACAACUCCCAUAAUCCUCCACUGUGUCCAUAUACAACUCCCAGAAUCCUCCGCUGUGUCCAUAUACAACUCCCAGAAUCUUCUGUGCCCAUAUACAACUCCCAGAAUCCUCCUCUGUGCCCAUAUACAACUCCCAGAAUCCUCCUCUGUGCCCAUAUACAACUCCCAGAAUCCUCAGCUGUGUCCAUAUACAACUCUCAGCAUCCUUAACUGGAGACAGAGAAUGAUGAGAGCUGCAGUACUUUAG